AUAUCGACAAGUUUUCUUUGUCAUCACGCUCAAUCAAGUCCCUUCUCUGUUCUGCUAAAAGAGAAAUCGAGGCUGAGAAGAGAGAAUGGAUGCUUCUUUCCUUCGAUCGUGUCCACUCGCCGGUUUCUUUCUUGUCGCAUUUUUAGUGUCGUGCUUCUGUCCCGAGCCUGCUCUCGUCGCCGGCGAAGGCAUGACCAGGCAUUACAAGUUCAAUGUCUUGUUGCAAAAUGUGACGCGUUUAUGCCAUACCAAAAGCGUGAUCACCAUAAAUGGGAAAUGGCCGGGCCCUCGAGUUAUUGCCAGGGAAGGCGAUCGGCUUCUAAUUGAAGUGGUUAAUCAUGUCCCGAAUAACAUCUCGAUCCACUGGCAUGGAAUUCGACAACUUCGAUCCGGAUGGGCUGACGGUCCUGCAUACGUGACUCAAUGCCCGAUCCAAACUGGCCAGAGUUACAUGUACAACUACACCAUUGUAGGCCAAAGAGGCACUCUUUGGUGGCAUGCACAUAUAUCAUGGUUACGGUCAACUCUCUAUGGUCCUCUAAUCAUCCUUCCCAAGCAUAAUGCUUCUUACCCAUUUGUCAAGCCUCACAAAGAAAUUCCCAUCGUUUUGCACAAAUUUUCAGGUGAAUGGUUUAAUUUAAAUACUGAGGCAAUCAUUAAUCAGGCCUUGCAAACCGGUGGAGGACCUAAUGUUUCCAAUGCCUAUACCAUCAAUGGACUUCCAGGCCCAUUGUAUAACUGCUCUGCCAAAGAUACAUACAGGCUCAAAGUGAAGCCAGGAAAGACUUACCUUCUUCGCUUAAUCAAUGCUGCACUUAAUGACGAGCUCUUCUUUAGCAUUGCAAACCACACCCUCACCGUGGUCGAAGCGGACGCUGUCUAUGUGAAACCCUUUGAGACCGAGACACUCCUGAUCGCCCCUGGACAGACCACAAAUGUCCUUCUUAAGACAAAACCCCACUACCCGAAAGCCAUUUUCCUCAUGACCGCUAGGCCUUAUGUGACUGGUCUUGGUACAUUUGACAACUCUACCGUCGCCGGCAUUUUAGAGUAUAAGCCACCCCUUGACAAACCUCACUGGUCUUCUUCAAUUAAGCAACUUCCGCUCUUUAAACCGACUCUCCCGCCUCUGAACGACACCGCAUUCGCGACAAAUUUCACGAAUAAGCUCCGGAGUCUAGCAACCCCGCAAUUUCCUGCCAAUGUACCUCAAAAGGUUGACCAGAGGUUCUUCUUCACUGUCGGUCUCGGGACUAUGCCAUGCCAAGGCAACCAAACUUGCCAAGGACCAAACGGGACGAUGUUCAAUGCUGCUAUCAACAAUGUAUCGUUCACGAUGCCGACCACCGCGCUCCUUCAAGCCCACUACACCGGCCAAUCGAACAGAGUCUACAGCCCGGACUUCCCAAGCUACCCGAAAUCCAUAUUCAACUUUACCGGGACCUCGCCCAACAACACGAACGUGGGCAACGGAACAAAACUGGUGGUCCUGCCGUUCAACAGCAGCGUCGAGCUUAUUAUGCAGGACACGAGCAUUCUCGGUGCCGAGAGCCACCCGCUUCACUUGCACGGGUUCAACUUCUUUGUUGUGGGACAAGGAUUUGGCAAUUUCGACCCCAAUAACGACCCUGGAAAGUUCAAUCUUGUCGACCCAGUUGAGAGGAACACUGUGGGUGUGCCUUCUGGGGGCUGGGUGGCCAUAAGGUUUUUAGCUGAUAACCCAGGGGUAUGGUUCAUGCACUGCCACUUGGAAGUUCACACCAGCUGGGGAUUGAAGAUGGCGUGGCUUGUCUUGGAUGGGAAGCUACCCAACCAGAAGUUGCCUCCUCCACCUGCAGACCUUCCCAAGUGCUGAUUGACAUCCCUUUCAUUCUCACUUUUGGAUUGACUUUGACUGAAAGCUUUUUUCCUUCUUCUUUUCUCCGGUUUUUGGUUUUGCUGAUUCUAUUUUGUGAUCAUUCUUUGGCCUUCUUAACUGGCUAAACUGGGCUAAGCAAAGAGAUGAAUGGAGGGGGAUUUUUUUUUUUUGGUAAUCACUGCAUGUUGCAAGUUGCAUUGCAAACA